AUGGAUUAAGAAGUUCAAGUUAAGUAUUUUAAGCUACCAAAAAAAGAAGAGGUCGAAAAAGGAUUUCUGAUUUUUGUUUUAGAUUGCUCAGGAUCUAUGGCAAGCUAUUGGAAAUAUGUGGCGAAAUAUCAUAAUGAGUUAAAAGAAAAAGCCAUUAUGUCAAUAGCUAUUACUUUCGACACAUAUGUUAAAGUAUUGCAGCCUAAUGAAAAUAUAUCUCCAAACAUAUAUUAAUAUGGUGGAGAAAGUACAAAUAUAACAAGUGCCUUUGUUGCCUUAAAUCAAGAAAUUAAAAAAAGAGAGAUCACAAGUGAUUUAACAGUAGUGUUUGUUUCUGAUGGGCAAGGUAGUUAUGAUGAGAAUGCAAUAGAGUAAAAUAUGCCCAAGGUAAACAAUCUAAAUUUUAUUUGUGUGGGUGUAGGAAAUGGAUUUCCAACUCAUAUUUCAAUGAGUCUUAGAGCACUUUAUCACACAGGCAAUUUUUCAAUACCUCCUGUGUUCAUAGUUUCAGUCGAAGAUUAAUCAAGCAAAUAAAGAGAGGAAUUUUUAGAUUCUAUAUUUAAAGAGGAAUUUUAAUCAGUUGGGGCUAUUUUAAAACCAAGAAAAUAAUGCGAAACUUCUCCUUGCCUGUGUUUUCCUUGGAGCAAGGAGAAAACAACAAUGGUUUGGUCUGGUAGUUGGGUAGGCAGCCAUGAUAAUGAAAUCACUUUUGAUGGAAGGGUACUCUAGCCUUCAAAUCCAUCCGAGGUUAUGAUAUUAGAAUUGGCCUCUUAUUGGCUAUAGAAUAUUUAAUUGCUUUCGUUGAAAUCAAAGGUGAAAUAGGAAGCUUAGGUGGCUCUUGCAGAAUUUGAAAGGUUAUCGAAUUUAACGCCAAAACUUCAAGGUUAAAAGAAAUAAAAAACAUUUGCUUAAAGAGUGUAAGAAUCUUAAUUUAAGGAUACAGGACUCUCAGAUCUUGUCGCAGAAUUGAAAUUAUUCACAUAAGACUUUACAUUAAAUUAAUUAAGCGAUAAGGAUGCAGCUGACAGAUUGAAGAUUGGAACUAAAAUAGGUAAAUUUCACACUAAAGCUCUAAAAUUUGCUGGAUUAUCUAUCGAAGAAUUUACAAAAGCCAAACAAUAGCUCAUUGAGUGUCUUAAAUAACAUAAAUUUGAUGGUAAUGAUGGAGAUAGAUCCGUUAUGACAUUAUAAAGUUAGAAGGAGAUAUUACAAGAAGAGGAUUUAAUCUAUGGAUUAGAAAAUUGUUCAUCUUAAUAUCAAUUGGUGACUGCAUUUCCAAUAAUAGGUUAUGGAUUAUAGGUUAAAAGAACAAAUGCAAGCAUGAUUGAUCCAUAUAAGAUUGAAAUUGUAUCUCUGGUUAGGAUUCAUAAAUUUUUAGAUUCGGUCUCCUUGAUAGAGAACGCUUAGCAUGAAUUAAAGUUUUAAGUUGGAAACGGAUAAGAGGAAAUAGUUAAUUGUAUUCUCCCUUUGUACACAAAAAAGAAUGAGGAUCUGAAGCCAUUCUUCAGAUCUUUAAUAUUUCACACAAUAAUGACAUUUGUGGCAUGUGAGAAUGCAGAUGUAUGUUUUGAUUAAUCCUAUGCAGCCUUAUUAGCAAAUACUUUAUUUUAUUUGAUUAGAUAACCAAAGUCUGAAUGGAGUAGAGAGAUGAUAAGUUUAAUCAAUGAGUCGUAUACUUUGGCUUAUGAGUAACAUAAUAAGAAUUUUACAAAUAAGUUAAUUUAAAACCCAAUCUAAAGCUUAGUUGAUUUUAAUAAGGAUUUUGAUACUCACUGUAUGGAUACAAUUAAGGUUAUACUUAUUCUAUCUGCCAAAAAGGAUCAAUUAUAAAAGGAAUAAGUAAAAAAUAUCCUUGAUAGGUUUAUAAUUGAAACAAUAGGGAGAAUGUUGAAAGAAAUGGCUCCUAAGGAUCAUAUAAAUAUCUUUUUCAAUUAAGAGAAUGAACAUUAAAUAAUAAAAGAAGCUACUGAAAGAAUAAUUAAUAGAUUUGAUCACGAGAAACUGAAAGAAUAUAACUCUAUUUCUGCAAUUAGUUAUUAAAUUUUCAAUGAAGUUGAACAAAACAAAGUUGAGGAAUGGCAAUUACAAGUGACAUUCAAAAAGGAUCAAGUAAUUGAAUUUUUAUCACACACUAAAUAUCAAUAUAAAGAUUUAUAAUGCAUCUAUGAGUACUUCAUGCAAGAGGAAAUUCCCGAAAAUUUUUUUAUUGCUGCAGUAUUUCAUGCAAGAUACUAAAGAUCAAUAGAAAGAGCAACCAAUGAGUUCAUUGUAGAUUUUGAUUUACUUAAUACAAAAAUUUUAUUAGUUAAGCACAAAUUCCUUAAAGUUGAAUUGUUGGAAAAAUGUAAAGUAGAAAUCAAAUCACAUAUUUAGAAGAUGGGAUUCAACAAUUUAUUUGUGUAAAGAAGGCCUGAAUCUGGAAAAAGUGGAAGAAAUAGACCAAAUGCCAAUAGCUUAUAGAAGAAACCAUGA